UCAUGCAGCGGGACUGCACACCUUCUGCUCCGUCGGCUCCAUGCUGCUGUUGCUUGCAGGGGAAUCACUUGACAGGAUAACAGACAUGGAGAGAGUGUGUGCGUGUGUAUGUGCGUGUGUGUGUGUGCGUGUGUGUGUGUAUUUGUGUAUUUGUCUGCUGGCGGCGGAGCUUCCUGUCACUCGUUCUUUGUGCGAAAUAACGGAUUUGGGAAACGCGUUGUGAUUUAAACAUCAGAGAGCGAAAGAGAGGGAGAGAGAAAGAGAGAGAGAGACGUGGAGGAAAGAGAAGCUGAGAGGAAGCGUGUGGAAGAGGAGAGAGGGAGGAGAAACGGCGGGACAGAUCCAGACAUGAUGAAAGAGAAGAGUUUAAUAGAGACUGCUAAAAUGCAGGGCAACGUUAUGGAGCUGGUGGGCAGUAACCCACCUCAGAGGAACUGGAAGGGAAUACUGAUUGCGCUGCUGGUCAUCCUGGUCAUCUGCUCUCUGAUCGUCACUUCAGUCAUACUCCUGACCCCAGGGGAGGACGACAGCCUGGCCCUGAAGGGGAGACUCAUGGUUGAGGAUGUCUUCAGCAAGAACUUCAGAGUCCACAAUCCCAAAGCGAAAUGGAUCAGCGGUACGGAGCUCCUGUAUCGCACUCGCGAAGGCGAUGUGGUCAAGUUUAACAUGGAGACGAACGAAAGCACAGUGCUGGUGCCCAACAGGAAGUUUGAAAUGUAUAAGGCCAGUGACUAUGAGCUUUCUCCAGACAUGAAGCAUGUGGUGCUUGCUUACAACGUGCAGCCGAUAUAUCAGCACUCCUUCACUGCAUACUACAUCAUAUGUAGUUUGGAGUCUCCGGAAACAUGGAUUCUGAAUCCUCCAGAGGUGCGGAACGCUCCUCUUCAAUAUGCAGGAUGGGGACCACGUGGCCAGCAGCUGAUUUUCAUAUUCGAGAAUAACAUCUUCUACCGAGCCACCGUGGAGAGCCGAAUCAUCCGCCUGGUUUCCACCGGCAAAGAGGGUGUGAUAUUCAACGGCCUCAGUGAUUGGCUGUAUGAGGAGGAGAUUUUCCAGUCCCACCUGGCCCACUGGUGGUCUCCUGACGGGGCUCGGCUGGCGUACGCCACCAUCAACAACACUCUGGUGCCCAAGAUGGAGCUGCCCAUGUUCACCGGGUCACUGUACCCGACCGGCCGAGAGUACCACUACCCCAAAGCUGGAGAGGAGAACCCAGUGAUCACACUCUACGUGGUGAACCUAAACGGACCUUUACACACCAUUCAGAUGAAGAAACCAGAGGACCAGAGGAUCGGGGAAUAUUAUAUAACGAUGGUGAAGUGGGCCACGAGCACCAAGCUGGCGGUGAACUGGCUGAACCGAGCGCAGAACAUUUCCAUCCUGACCCUGUGUGAAGCCACUACAGGAGUGUGUACCAAGAAACAUGAGGAUGAGAGUGAGAGCUGGCUGCACAGACAGAACGAGGCCCCGUUGUUCUCAAAAGACGGCCUGAAGCUCUUCUUCACACGUGCUAUUCCUCAAGGGGGGCGGGGCAAAUUCUUCCACAUUUCCAUGGCGGUAUCACAGCCCAACAGCAGCUCAGACACGCUGCAGUCCAUCACAUCAGGAGACUGGGACGUCACACACAUCCUGUCUUACAACGAAGACAAGCAGCUUAUCUAUUUCCUGAGUACAGAGGACGACCCUAAACGCAGACACCUGUACAGCGCUGAUACGGUCGGCCCUUUCAACCGCCGCUGUCUCUCCUGCGACUUCACACAAAGCUGUGGGUACGUCAGCGGCUCCUUCAGCCACAACAUGGCCUACUUCCUGCUCACCUGUAAAGGGCCCGGAGUCCCGUUUGUGUCAGUCUACAGCACCCAAGAGCGCCAGAAGCUUUUGGACAUCGAGCUGAACCAUGAGCUUCAGCACACCGUGGACUCCACGCAGAUGCCCCGAGUAGAGUACCGUGAGAUCGACGUGGAGGAUUACGUUCUGACGAUGCAGAUCCUGAAACCUGCCAGCUUCAUGGAUACAGCACACUACCCUCUCCUGCUGCUCGUUGAUGGUACUCCAGGAAGUCAGUCCGUGUCUGAGCGGUUUCAGGUGGACUGGGCGACCGUGUUGGUCAGCAGCUUCAGCGUGAUUGUGGUGCGAUGCGAUGGGCGUGGCAGCGGCUUUCAGGGCACCAACCUUCUCCACACAGUGCACCGCAGACUGGGCAGGUUCGAGGAGGAGGACCAGCUGAGGGCUCUCAGCAUUAUAGCAAAGGAGCCGUACAUCGACACCACCAGGAUUGGGGCUUUUGGACAGGUGUAUGGUGGAUACAUCACAAGCCUCCUACUUAGCUCUGAGGCUUCCAUGCUGAAGUGUGGAGCUGUUCUCUCACCCAUCACCGACUUCCAGCUAUAUGCCUCUGCCUUUUCAGAACGAUAUCUGGGCGUCUCGAAAACCGACAGACGAGCAUACGAGAUGACUAAUCUUGCACAUCGAGCCUCUCAAUUUGUUGAGAAGAAGUUCCUAAUCGUCCAUCCGACCGCAGACGAAAAAGUACAUUUUCAGCACACGGCCAAAUUUAUCUCCAGGUUAAUCGGCGAGAAGGGAAACUACAGCCUACAGAUCUAUCCAGACGAAGGUCACUUCCUCCACAGCGAGGCGACGAGGCAGCACCUCAGUCAAUCCAUGAUCAACUUUUUCGAAGAGUGCUUCAGGCAACCAGACAACAUUUUCGAAGAGGAACUGGAAGAGGAGAGCGAAGACGAGGGUUAAUGCCCUUCGUUUUCACAACGCCCACACAGAUCAAGCACAAUACCAGCUCCUUUUACCAGACGAUAUGCAACCUGUCUAUUUCACUCCUCUACUUGUUUCCCUGUUUUCUCAUUUCGACACACCGUACGGAGAUUUUCCCCUGCUGUGGCCUGGACAUGUUCUUCUCAGUGUCUACUUCUGUAGUGGAUCCGCUGACUGCAGAGGUCCAGGGUCAGCAAGGCAAAGAAGGCGGCUUUCAAUCUGUCACAUUUUGAUUGACAGCUCGUUCUGGUUAACUGACUGCUGGCAGCAGUGGCCUUCCACAAACCCUCCUGCCAAAACCUUCUGACACGAAGCAGGACGGAGUGAUUUUUAGCACAAAACGUGUAAAACCGAGCCUGAAGACUCUUCGACGUGCUGAUGUGUAGAUACUCACCGACGGUUGAGACGACGACGAUGACAACGACGAAGUUUGUAAUUGUAAUUUGAAUGUCCUCAUAUCUGGUCAUGCUUGUGUGUAAAAUACCUAAUGAGCAAAAAGUCAACUCGGGUAUUAAAAAUAAUAAUAAAAAGGAAACAAAAAAACAUUUGGUUUUUUUAUGUGUUUGAGAUUUGUUCAUGACCUUAGAGCCUGGAGUGUGUAUUUAAGUGAUGUGGAAUAUUAUUCAUUUUGUUUCCAGCAAAUGAGAAGCAGGUGAAUACGAUGUAAUUAUUCAUCGGAAGUGCACUUUGUUUUGUUUAUUUUGUUUUUUUUUGUCGUAUUUUUUUCGUGAUCAUGGUGAUUAUUUUUUGUCCAUCUUUUGCUAGUUGUUGCCGACGAAAUGCUUUUCCUACAGCAGCAGUUUAUAAAACAUUGCAUUCACUGUCUAACUAUAUACUAUAUGUGUAUAUAUGUUACAAAAAUAAUAAAGUUAUCAUCUUUUGCGAAA